GAGACAAGACGACCAGAACAGAUAGAGGGAGAGGGAGGAGAGGCAGAUACAUAAAGAGGCUCAUAGGAAUUGAUGGGAUGACAGACUGGUCACGGGGGACACGCACUGAAUGAGAGGCGGAGGAGGAAGAGAGAAAGAGAGAGAGAUAGCGGAGAGAUGCGGACCCAGCCAGCUCCAGUGACGGAGUAGACAAAGGUAGCUUUAGUGCAUGUGCUGCCUCGAUUUCAUUCACGUCUCUAUCUCUCCCACUCCUUUCUACGCACUUACAGCCCGGAGCUUAGCGAGCGGACCUGUGUGCUUUGAGAGAGUAGCGAUAUCUAGACUUCAACGCAUGGACUAACUUGUACAAGCUUACUGUAGGACUCAUUAUAGCAAAGGGAACACCCCAAUCACUCUUAACCUCUCAACCGUCAACAUGGGUCUGGUAAUGGGCACUUUCUCAAUGCAAUCCAAGCAGGUGGACUACCGCAAAGAUAAAGCAGAUGAUGACCUGGAGAUGACCAUGGUGUGUCAUCGGCCGGAGGGACUGGAUCAACUUCAGGCUCAGACCAACUUCAGCAAGAGAGAGCUGCAAGUGCUGUACAGAGGCUUCAAGAAUGAGUGCCCCAGCGGUGUAGUAAAUGAAGACACAUUCAAACAGAUCUACUCACAGUUCUUCCCGCAUGGAGAUGCAAGUCAAUACGCACACUACCUGUUCAAUGCAUUCGACACGGCACAUUCUGGAUCUAUAAUGUUUGAGGACUUUGUAACAGCCCUCUCCAUUCUGCUCAGAGGAACAGUCACUGAGAAGCUACAGUGGACAUUUAACCUUUAUGACAUCAAUAGAGAUGGUUACAUCAACAAAGAGGAAAUGACGGACAUCGUCAGGGCAAUAUAUGACAUGAUGGGGAAGUACACUUACCCUGUGCUCAAAACAGACACACCCAAGCAGCAUGUGGAUGCCUUUUUCCAGAAAAUGGACAAAAACAGAGAUGGUGUCGUCACACUAGAUGAAUUCAUCAUGUCAUGUCAAGAGGAUGAAAACAUCAUGCGCUCGCUGCAGCUUUUUGAAAAUGUCAUCUAGCAAACAAACAAAACUAGAAAAAGCAAAAAACAAAGACAGAAGAGGAAAGGUCAAGAGGAGAAACACGGAUUAUAAGCCCAAAGGAAGAAUAUAUAUGGGAUAUGUGUCAUUUGGGUGUGACAGUGUGUGAAGACUGCAUGAAGGACACGGGACCAGCCCCGGUUCAGACUCAGCCCUUUAUUUCAUACAGCCUCAAUGUGACUAUUCGCCUCCCUCAGUGUGCACUUCAGUCCAACGUGUAAAUACAAAAUCUCAAAUACAAAACUAAGGACCGUUCUUGUAAAUUUAACAGAAUUUUAAGUAUUGGAAGCUUCUACUAAAUAUUAAAACAUAUUUAAAAAUAGGUUAAAGCACAAUCAACCAUUUGUAAGGACAUUUGUAUCAAUGUGACAAAAGUGAGCAAUAUGUUACGCAUGCACAGCGCGUCUUGUACAGUCUUUGUGUGCCAUGAGAUUGUGUGGCAGUACUCAUCUGGUUCAAUGGACUCCAGCUGGCGUAUGUCCAACUCUCCCUGUGUGUUCAGUGGUGUCGAUAACUGUUACAUUCGAUUGUAUAUAUUGUUAAUGUUAUUUGUGACAUGAACAUGCUGUGUAUACUUCCAUGUAUGUCUGUGGCGCUGGUCUUCUGUCUGUCUUUCUGUCAUGUGGCUAUAUCAACCCUGUUUUUCAAAUUUCUGUGUACAUGAGCGUGUGGUGUCCUGACGUUAUCGUUUGCCUAAAUCAGUCAAGUACAAAUCAAACCUUGAGAAAACCUUGUUCAUAAAAUAUUUGUGUUCAAUUAUUGACUCAGAAGGACCAACUGUUCACUGUGAGGAGAGCAGGUCAAAAAUUAGGUGAAGACCUUUUCACUGAUUUUGAAGGAGAGGAAGCCAUUUUUCAAAAAGAGCCAUUGUUGCUUUCAUGAUUGAAUGAGACCUAAAUGCAGAUUUGGUAAUAUUUACUGUCAUGCCCACUCACUGUGCUUUGAAAAUAAAACAGAUUGAGACACCUCAGACAAGAAGACAGACAGACAGUUCAGAAUGAAAUCAUACAUGUAUUGAAAUAUUGUAUAAAAUCAUUAUAUUUAUCAAUAAACUUUUCAAGAAACAGAAUGUAUGUCUGGCAUUUUUCUAUUGCUCCAUGCCACUUUUUAUGUUUAUAUUUGCCAUUAUUUUAAUGCAUCAAAGAAGACAAGCAAAAGGUCACAGUUGCUGUUUUUAUACUGUUAUAUACACACCUUUACAAUGAAAGUACAAAAAGACAUGUAAAUUAUGCCUCACAAACGAAGCAUGAUAUUGUGCAUAUGAGAAAUAACUUAAAUAAACAUGCAUCACUGUCUU